UGGGAAAUCUGACGGAAGCGGUUUGCGUCAGUGUGGUGGGGAGGAGCUUCGCUGCCUAUCUCCGCGCACAUAAUAAUACAUCAUGGUAUUAUACCUAGUAUUAUCUGCAGCGCUAAACUGUGGAAAACACGCCUCGCACAGUUUCCGCCGACCCGCAACGAGUCGCUCUCGUCGCUACAGCAACAACCGUCGUCGUCUAUUAAAAAAAAAAAAAAAAAACACAAUAUUAUAAUAUUAUAGUAUAUGGGUACGUCACAUUACGAUUUACACGCGUAUACACUACCUAUAUACCUGUGCUAUACCUCACGCCAUUCUCAUCUCGACGCGAAACGACAAGCGCAAACAGUACUGCCGACGCUAUCGCCGCCACCGCUACAAUACGAAUUCGCGCGGUCCCGUCAGCGGUCGUUGCGUACCACAUAUAUGAAGUUUUCCAAGAUUGUGGGCAACAGCUGGCACAAUGUGCUCGACCAACUCCAGCCAGGAAUACCUGGUGGCGCCAUCGAAGGACGGUAUGGACGAGACGAGCUACAUACUCCAGCAGCGGCGGCGUCAACAACAGGUGAUGGAUGGAGGCGACAACCUCAAAAACUGUCCAAAGUUUGCGAGUUUCAAUUACAUCAACUCAAUUAUUGGUAGUGGUGUUAUUGGUAUACCAUAUGCGUUUAAUUUGUCUGGUGUCGGAAUGGGAGUUAUAUUAUUGGCAUUGGUAGCGAUUGUCACUGAUUACUCAUUAGUACUAAUGUUAAGGAGUGCACAUAUAAGUGGUUCUUUUUCAUAUCAAUCAUUAAUGAAAUCUGCCUUUGGUAGAUAUGGUUUUGUAGUUUUAUCUCUUCUACAAUUUAUUUAUCCUUUUAUGGCAAUGAUAAGCUAUAACAUAAUCGUCGGGGACACUGCGACAAAGGUCUUGAUUCGGCUGCUUUCGUUGCCACACGACUCUGUAUUUGCCCAACGGUAUUUCGUCAUAGCAAUGGCUACGAUUUUUAUCACGGCCCCUUUGUGCAUGCUAAGAAAUGUUGCGAGACUGGCAAAAGCAUCUAUUGUGUCGUUCAUCAUGGUUUUAGUUAUCUUUGUGACUAUAGUCAUCAGAUACGAAUCUCUACACGACGUUAUGUCCACAGUAACUGAGGUCGGUAACAUAAAUACAUGGGAAUUUGCUCGGCCUGGUGCAAUUCAAGCUAUUGGAAUAAUGUCAUUCGGUUUUAUGUGCCAUCACAACGUGUUUUUAUUGUACGACUCCAUCGAAGGAGCAAGUCAAACUAUUUGGAAUUGCGUAACACAUGUUGCUGUCUCAAUAUCGUUCUUGCUAAUGGUUGCGUUUGGACUAGUUGGAUAUGCUACAUUUGGUGAUCUCACUCAAGGUGAUUUGUUGGAAAACUAUUGUUGGAACGAUGAUUUAAUCAACAUAUCAAGGUUGUUGUUUUCAUUAAUAACGCUCCUAACAUUCCCAUUGGAAUGUAUGGUUACUAAAGCUGUUGUCGAUCAAACGCUUAGGGGUGGCACUGAUCCCAUUCCAAUGUCGAAAAAUAGACAUGCUAUAAUUACGAUUUCUAUUCUUGUGGCAACUUACUUUGUCUCCAUAUCCACGAAAUGUCUUGGAGUAGCAUUAGAAAUAAACGGAGUUGUGGCUGCAAUUCCACUGGCAUUUGUCUUACCAGCAGCUAUUUAUAUUAAAAUAUCCAAUGAUUCAUGGAAACAAAAGAUUCCUGCGUAUUGUUUGGCACUGUUCGGCACAAUAGUAGCUGCAUCUGGUAUAUCAUUAGUCGUGUACGAGGUUUUAACUUUUACUGCGGAUUCUUGUGAAAAUGAUAGGAUAAUGGAUCACUGUUACAUUAACGACACAUACCUCCCAACUGACAUUAUCCAGUUACCAUUAAACUAAAUUAUUUUUACUACGAAUAUCUUUUACUUGAUAAUAUUUAUGAUUACAUUCUAGUCCUUAACAAAUAUAUAUUUUUUAAUGUUAAUCUUAAUGUAGAAAAAUUCUGGCUUAUUCAAUAAAAUAUAGGUAGGUAUAUAAAAAUAUGUAAUAUGAGUAUAAUAUUACAUAGGUAGGUAUAUCUAUUUGUAUUGAUAUAUAUCAGAUAAUUUUAAGUUUUCGCUUUGAGAAACCCAUCAAUAAAAUACUUUGUAUUGU